AGUUAAUGGUUUGCGAGGCCUCCAUAGGUGUGGUUUCGAGUUUCCAAAAAGGCUCGUCCCCUCCGGGCUGUCGAGGCAGUUCCCGGAGCGCCAGGGGACGGAGAAGGUGUCCAGGUCGCCCGAUCGCCCUCGCAACACUUGCACUGACUCGCACUCGCACUCGCACCCCACACCCGCUGCCUCGAUGAGCUCGUACGGCUCCCAGAACCGACUGCACACCAUCGGCAGGAAGACCACCACCUCUCGGGGGGAAAUGAACAGGGGCAGCUACACGUUCAGCCGGGCAGAGUACAGUCACAGCGGCAAUGGAUACCCCGGUGGCCCCGGCGAGUUCGCCACCUUCAACCCGCAGUACAGCAGGAUGUCCGUGACAGGAGUACAAAGCGGCCCACCUCAGUUUGCCAUUAUUCAACAGAAGGCAAUAUUGCUGCAAGAACAGGUCCAAGACUGCAUGCAGAAAGCUGAGAUGAUUCAGAAUACUGGCAUCACAUCUCGAAACAAGAGGGAGGCGGAGAACUUGAUGAACAUGCUCAGUGAUUGCAUUCUCCAGCUAAAGGGAUAUGCUGUUGAACUGCAGCAGAUAGGCCAGUCUAAUGAGAACAUUCUGAGAAGCAUCGAUGUCUGCCAGGAGCAAUUGCAGGUGCUUAAUUUUGCCAUGGGAGGAACAGUUCAGCGUAAAAAGAGCAUUGUGGUCUAUGAUGACCCUGGACGAAACUUCCAGGAGGCAAUGGCUUGGAUGGGUCAGCAAAAGCGCUUGAUAGAGACCUCGCCCUGGGGGGAUGACUCUGCAGCCAUUGAGCAGCAAAUCUUCAACCAGAACAAGUUCCACAGCUCCAUCCAGAGGAGCACUGAAGUAGAACGUGCCAGAGAUGAACUGCAACAGAAAGGGGACAAAGUCAGCCUGCACAUGCUGGAACAAGAAUGGGAGAACUUGCAGAGGAUGUCCAUCACUCGCACGAAGCAGCUUCAAGACCUGCAGAGGAUCAUCGAGGAGAUCUCUCGGGAGAUCAUGUGGGUGAACGAGCGUGAAGAAGAGGAGCUGGUGUUUGACUGGGGUGACAAGAACAUUGAUGCCUACAUCCCCAAGAAACAGGAGAGCUACUCUAAACUUAUGCGUGACCUGGAGGAAAAGGAGAAGGAACUGAACAAAGUGAAGCUGAAGGCUGAAGGUCUUCUGAAAAGUAACCAUCCUGCAUCUGACAAGAUUGAGGCUUACAUGGACACACUGCAGACUCAGUGGAGCUGGCUUCUUCAGAUCACCAAGUGCAUUGAUGUACAUCUUAAAGAGAAUGCUGCCUAUAGCCAGUUCUUCAAGGAGGCCAAUGAGACCAACCUCAAAUUGCAAAAGCAGCAUGAGGCCAUUCGCCAGAAGUUCAGCUGUGACAGGAGCACACCUUUGGACAAUCUUCUGGAAAUGCUUAAGAAUCUGGAGAGGGAAAAGGAGAGGAUCAUGGAGAACAAAAGGCAGGUCCAGCUUCUGGUGAACAAGUCCAAGAGUAUUGUGAGGCUGAAACCACGCAAUCCAGAAGACAAAAGCAGCAGCCAAGUGAUGGUGCAGGCUUUGUGUGACUUCAAACAGGAUCAGAAAGUAAUCCUUAAGGGCAAUGAGGGCAUUCUGAAGGACAAUUCACAGCGCAGCAAGUGGCUUGUGACGGGACCAGGUGGCCUGGAUAUGCUCAUCCCCUCUGUGUGCCUCCUUGUUCCCCCUCCCAAUCCGCUCAGCAUCACCCUGGCUAACAAGAAUGAGCAGUACUAUGAGGCAAUCCUUGGAAUUUGGAACCAGCUGUUCAUCAACAUCAAGAGCUUGAUCUCUUGGCAGUACUGUGUGAGAGACAUCACCCGCAUCAACUCCCUGACCAUCUCCAUGCUUGCUAAAAUGCGUCCAGAGGAAUAUCGGAACAUCAUCAGAAGCCUGGAGACUCACUACCAGGAAUUCCAGCGCAACUGCCUUGGCUCAGAGAUGUUCGGUGAUGAGGAUAAGAAGAACAUUGAGACAGGGUACACUAGUGCUCAAGCCCAUUACGACAAACUGGUUAUUCAGCUGCCUGCAUACAUCGACCAGGAACCUCCCAAAGUGAUCGUGGCAAGUAAAGAAAACCAACUCAAGGUAGAGCCGGCUCAAACCUCGAAGGGGCCUGUUGAUGUACAAAGCCAGAUGGUACUGACAGACCUGCAAAGCUUGAGGCGUAGGCUGGAGACAGCCGAGUUAGGCCUCACUCAACACCUCCACCUGCCCCUGCAUGAUGACAGCCUGCAAGAGUGCUCCCAGCGUAUCAGCCAGCUGGAGAUUGUACACCGUGAUAUCAGUGGAAUCGGAGAUGCUUACAUCAAGUUGAAGGCAAAGAUCCAGAGUCAGCUUCAAAAUAUGACAGAUGCGGACAAGGCCAAGUUCCUUCAGGCAGAACUGGACUUCAUCAACCAGAAAUUAAGGACCCUGGAAGGCUUCUCCUCAUCUUAUUUAGAAAGACUCAAGGCACUCCGAGCUCUGUUCCAGUGCAUGAUACAGGCAGAGGAUACCAUAAAGGUACAUGAAGCCCGGCUGACUGAGAAGGAAACUACCUCCCUGGAUCCCAACCAAGUGGAGGAGUACAAGGCUACCCUCAAGCAAAUGAAAGCAGACCUUGAACAAAAGAGGGACCUUUUCAAUGCGAUGGAGUCGCAACUGAGCAAUACAGUGCACUGGAAUGAGCAAAUCAGUCAGUCAUUCCACAAGUGUGAUGUGGACCUGUCCAAAUACUCUGAGCUGGUUGGCCAGAUGUCAGACCGCUGGCAUCGAAUCCUGGCCCAGAUCAACACCAGGACCCAGGACAUGGAGAAGUACCUACCAAUACUCCGGCGCUAUCUGCAGACCAGCUCUACCCUGAGUACGUGGAUCGAUGACACACGUCAACGUCAGGACAAUCUGCAGGUGGCAAAAUUCGAUGAUGUCAAGAUCGUAAUGGAGCAGCUGAAUCAGCAGAAGAUGCUGAACUCAGAAAUAAAAGCGAAGAGAGAAGAUGUUGAAGAUGUUCAGAGAGAUGCUGAUACUUGCGCAGGCUCCAUCAAGGAUUAUGAGCUGCAGCUGGCCUCCUAUGGUGCAGGUCUGGAAACUCUGUUAAACAUCCCAGUUCGGAAGACUCUCCUCCAGUCCCCCUCAACAAUUGUUUCUCAAGAGGCUGCUAACCUCCAAACCCGCUAUAUUGAACUACUCACUCGAUCUGGAGAUUACCACAAGUUCCUGGGGGAGAUGCUGAAGAACUCGGAAGAAUUAAAGAUGAGAAACACCAGAAUUGACCUUUUGGAAGAAGAGUUGAGAAUCCUUAGAGGGGAAAUCCAGGACAGAAGUGUGAAGAACAAGUCUCUUGAAGAUGCUAUUGGUAGAUACCAGUUGGAGCUCUCCCAGUCCAAGGAUCAGCUGCUGACCAUGGAAGAGGUGAAAAGAACCCAGGCUAUGCAGUGUAAUGCCACAAAGGAGGACCUCAACAGCACUUUCAACCAGGUGAAAGAUCUGAAUGAACAGGUUGCCCGACUCACCUACCAGAUUGAUGAGGAGAAGCGAAUGAGAAGGCUAGCAGAGGAGCGGUACACCAAUCAGCAAGCAGAGUAUGAGCUUGUUAUCCGCAAGAGGCAGAAGGAACUUGAGGAAAUAAACUGGGCAAAGAUUGACAUUGAGAAGACCAUCAAAGACAAAGAACGGGAAAUUGAGAGACUGAGAAGACAGCUGGAGGAUGAGAUGGCCAGGCAGCGCGAGAUUGAGUCUGAGCUGUCAAAGGUAAGAACUCAGCAUAAACAAGAAAUAAAUAACUUAAAGACAACAUAUGAGUCCGAAAUUCAUGUCACUAAAAUUAACGUCCAAAAGCUUGCAAAACAAAAGGAAGAAGAUUCAUCAGGUCUAAAGUACCAGUGUGACAGAUUAGAAAGUGAGAAAAAUAGCCUAGAGGAAGAGCUUAGGAGGCUAAGACUAUCAAUGAGCCAGGCUGAAGAGUUAAGAAAGAGGGCAGAGCAUGACGUCUUUCAGCUGAAGUCUACUGGAACAGAGGAGUCCAGAAGAAGAUUGGAGCUAGAGAUCCAGGUUCAGACCAUGACGGAACAAAUAAAUGAGAAUGAUUUGAGGUACAAAGAAUCUCUGGCAGAUGCAACUAAAGCAAUACAGGAGAAGAACAGGCAGAUAACUUUGUUAACACAGAACCUCGAAGAGGAAUCAAGAAAGAGGAAGGCACUUGAAAUUGAAAAUUUCAGUUUGAAACAAACCCAAACUGAUCUUAAGGCAAAACAUGCCUCUUCUCUUGAAGCCAUCAACACGCUGAAAGUGUCAGAGCAGGAGAAAAAUCAAAUUAAAACUGAACUUGAAAAGCUGACCAGUGAGAAGACCAAAUCAGAGCAACAUGUAGUCCGACUUCAGAGCAGAAUUAAAGACCUUCAGCAGAUGGUAGAGGACCUGGAGGCUGAUGUUGAGAAGCAUAAGAAGGAAGUACAGGAUGAAACCACUAGGAAGAAGAGGCUGGAGGCAGAGUUAGACAGAAUGACUCAGUCAUGUAGAGAGUACACCAACACCAUUAAUGUUAUGAAGAGGCAGCAGGAGGAAGUGUCUAUUACAGACAGAAGAAAUGAGCAAGAACUACGAAGGCUCCAGGAUGCUCUAGACAAGAGCCUGAGGGACCACAAAGCUACCACAGAGAAGCUUGACCAGCUCACUGCUGAGCUGAAGGCUCUCCAGCAACAACUCCAGCAAGAACAGGCAAGAGUCAAAGAAGCAAAUCUCAGAAAUGAGACAUUGUACAAGACCAUUGAGGAGAAGAGUCGGGUGCUGAAUGAUAAUACCACCGAAAUUAAUAAACUGCAGAGUAUGAUUCAGAAUCUGACAAAAGAGCAUCUGAAGUUGGAAGAAGAGCUCAGAGCUCUGAAACUUGAGAGGGAUGAGCUGCAGAAAGAAAAGGAUAGCAGCAACAGUGAGACCACAACUCAGAUUUCUUCCCUCCACCUGCAGCUCCAAACCAGCAGCAAAAACACCUUGGAGCUUCAGAGACUUAUUGAUGAGUUAACUAAAGAGAAGGCAAAGUUGAAAAUGGAAAUGGAAACAAUCCAAAGGCAAGCCAUUGAGACUUCCAACAUGAUCCAUAAUUCUCAAACUCAUUAUAAUGAGUUGUUGCAAGAGAAAGAAGGUCUGCUGCUGAAAAUAAAGAUGUUGGAACAGGAUAAGAGCAAACUGCAGCGAUAUGAAGAUGAACUGAAUCGUAUCAAAGUCACGCUAGAGUCUGAACAACGGCAAAAGCAACGUCUUCAAGAUGAGAAUAUGCAAAUUAGCAGAGAUUUCAGUUAUUGGAAAAGUCAGUAUGAACUGAAGGAGGAGCAAGUGAGAAAGUGUACCUCCGAUAAAGAUGCAACUGAGAGAGAGAGGAACUCCUUGAAAAAUGAGAUUGCACGGCUUAUGUCUGAGCUAAGGAUGGUGGAUGAUAGAUAUAAACUUAGACUGAAUUCCACAGAGAAGGAAAUAGCAGACCUAAAAUUAACUAAAGACAGUUUGGAGAGAGAGCUAAGGAAGCUAAACCAGCAUCCAGAUGUCUCCAGUAAGCAAACACAAACUAGUGAUAAUGAGAUUAUGGUGGACUCCUCGAAGCUACUCUUUGACGGCAUUCGCAAAAAAGUCUCAGCCAAUCAGUUGUUUGACUGUGGAGUCAUUGACAAAAGCACACUUAAUCAACUUCUCAAAGGACAGAAGACUGUACAAGAUGUGGCUGUUGACAUCCAGCUCAAUCUGAAAGGCACUAGUGUCAUUGCAGGCAUUACUGGAAGGCCACAGGAAAAAAUGCCAAUCACAGAGGCCAAGAAGAAAAAUGUGAUCACACCAGAAGGUGCCACCAUGCUCCUUGAAGCUCAAGCUGCAACAGGCCACAUUAUCGAUCCCAGAGUAAAUGAAAAGAUGGCUGUUGAUGUAGCCUAUUCCAAGGGACUUGUAGAUGCUGAAGACAGAGAUACCCUUAUUAGAGCAGAAUGUGCAAGCACUGGUUUUAUUGACCCUCACACUGGCAAGCUGCUGUCUGUCGGACAAGCAAUGAAAAAGGGGCAAAUCAACAAGGAGACUGCACUCCGUCUAUUACAAGCACAAGAAGCUGCUGGAGGCAUAGUUGACCCAGUUCUAAGUGUGUUUUUACCUAAAGAUGUUGCUCUUGACCGCAGUUUAAUUGAUGAAGAUCUCUAUAGGGCCUUGAACAAGAAACCAACAUGCUAUAUUGAUCCAGUUACGCAAGAGAAACAAACUUAUAUUGACCUGAAAUUGAAAUCCAGACCUGAUCCCAGUACUGGCUUGCUCCUCUUUCCUGCUUUAGAAAAACCCUUAACAGUACAGGGUCUCAGGGGAGAGGUCUCUAUCUCAGAGCUUGUUGAUGCCAACCUUCUGGGGAGUGUUGAUGUAGAUGGCUUGAGAGAAGGCAGAAUAACCAGCACAGACAUUGAAAACAGACUCAGGUCAUAUUUACGAGGCUCUACCUGCAUUGCAGGGAUUUAUGAUGAAGCUAAAAACAGAACAGUAUCCUUCUACAAGGCCAUGAAGGAAGGCCUCCUUAGACCUGGCACAACACUGGAGCUCCUGGAAGCCCAGGCUGCCUCUGGGUUCAUAAUUGAUCCUGUCAAUAAUCAGUAUUUGACAGUGGAGGAAGCAACACAGAAAGAUCUUGUGGGCAGAGAAUUCAAGGACAAACUUCUGUCAGCUGAGAGAGCAGUCACUGGAUACAAAGAUCCCCUCACUGGAACAAUCAUCUCCUUGUUCCAGGCUAUGGAAAAGGGCUUGAUAGAGAAGGGUCAUGGCAUCAGACUGCUGGAAGCUCAAAUCGCAAGUGGUGGAAUAAUAGAUCCCAAACACAGCCAUCGCAUUGAUGUAGAUGUUGCAUACAAGAGAAAGUAUUUUGACAAAGAGAUGAAUGACAUCCUGUCGUAUGAAGGUGACGACACUAAGGGCUUCUUUGAUCCAAACACUGAAGAAAAUUUGACCUAUCUGCAGCUUAAAAAGAGGUGUAUCACUGAUGAGAGCACUGGCCUUGUCCUGCUCCCACUGCGGGAUAAGACAAAGCAGUAUAAGACGACUCAGAAGAAAACCCUUCGCAAGCGUCGGGUGGUGAUUGUAGACCCUGACACUAAGAAAGAAAUGACGGUACAGGAAGCAUAUGAAAAACAACUCAUCGACUAUGAAACCUAUGUGGAGCUCUCAGGGCAAGAGUCUGAGUGGGAGGAAAUCACAAUUACAGGGUCUGAUGGCUCUACCCGAUUUGUGAUCAUUGACAGAAAAACAGGAAUACAGCAUGACAUCCAAGAUUCCCUUAAUAGGGGAAUCAUUGACCAAGCCACAUUUGAUAAGUAUCGUUCAGGAUCCCUCACUCUCACGCAAUUUGCAGACACCAUCACCAGAAAGACAAGUUCUAGUCAGUGUGUAAGUCCCAGUACUGUCCAAAGUGUGGCUGCAUACAGUAGUCCACCACAACAAACAACCGACUCAACAGCAUCAUCUAAGCAUAUUGCUAGUGUCUCUAUAAUGGUCUCUAAAUCAUCUGAAAAGCUAAAUGAGCAAGGUCCUAUAGGAGCCAUAUUUGAUACAGAAACGCUUGAGAAGAUAACCAUCACUGAAGCACUGAGACGUGGAAUAGUGGACUCCAUCACUGCCCAGCGUCUGUUAGAAGCUCAGGCAUGCACUGGGGGCAUCAUCAACCCAGCCACAAAUAAAAAGCUGUCACUGCAAGAUGCUGCACGCCAAGGCAUUAUUGAUGAUGACAUGGCUACUAGGUUGAAGCCAGCUCAAAAGGCAUACCUUGGUUUUGAGGAUGUGAAGACCAAGAGGAAGAUGUCAGCUGCGGAGGCAAUGAAGGAGAAGUGGCUCCCAUAUGAAGCUGGACAGAGGUUCCUUGAGUUUCAAUAUCUCACGGGUGGCCUGGUUGACCCUGAGUUUGGGCAGAGAAGUCGUCUUGAAGAUGUUGUCCGGAAAGGAUGGCUGGAUGAAAGGACAGCACAAAAGCUUCGAGACACCUUCAAUCAUCCCAAGAACCUGACCUGCCCAAAGACCAAGUUGAAGAUCUCAUACAAGGAGGCUAUGGACAACUGCAUGGUGGAGGAAAGAAGUGGGCUGAUGAUGCUCCAGGCUUCCUCCAUUUCCUCCAAGGGGAUAAGCAGCCCUUACAAUGUGUCUUCAGCCCCUGGGUCCCAGGGCGGCUCCCGGUCUGGGUCCCGGUCUGGGUCUCGUAGAGGCAGUGUAGACCUCACCUCCAAGUUCAGUUACAGCUUCACAUCCUUUAGCUCCAGCGCUCUCUCUUAAUACUAUAUAGCGUAUCCAUUAUAUGACAGCGCAUUAAUACAAAUAACAUCACUUCUAGUUUGUUCAUGAGGAUAUUAAAGAAAUUGUCAAACUUGAAUUGUCAGUGGGAGAUACCUUGUGGAAAUAAGAGUUUCAGGUUUGAAAAGGAAAUAUUUAGCAUUUUUGAGAAAGACAUAUACUUUGUUCAUGUUUUAAGUACUACAUGUUCUGAUGUUUGGAAUACCGAAUUGCUUCAUAUCACUUUUAUCUUGGUUUAACUGUUCUAUUUGUGAGGCAGGAUGGAGGAUGAUAAAAUAAAAUGAAAAAUACUUUUCUGUAUACUGGUCACAAAAGGUAAAAUGUAUCUUAAUUUUUUUAUAUCAAAUAUAAUGUUUCUUUUUUCCUUACUCUUG